UAAAUAUGUAAUUAUAUGUUAACAAGCACGUUGAAAAUAAUCUCGAAUUCAAUUUUAAUAAUAAUUAAUAAAGUUAUAUGUUCAAUUCAAUACUGUGUGAACGGUGUGAAGUUGAUACGGAUCAAAUUCUGUCGACAAUCAGACGGGUUCCUUGUCCGAUCGUAUUUUCAAAGAGUAAAAAUGAGUCUGUACAACACAAUUUUCAAGAGAACCUCUACUUUUGCUCUCGCCUGUGGAGUGUCUGUGUUCUUCUUCGAAAGAACUUUGGAUUUAGCUUCGGAAACCCUUUUUGAAAAGGUCAAUCAAGGAAAACUGUGGAAAGAUAUUAAGGACAAGUUGUAGAUGAUCCGAGUUUAUUGUAUUUUGUAGAAUAAGAUGUAAAUUAAACUAUUUAAAAUU